AUGGAGAACGACCGCGGAGACCUUGUUGACCUUUACGUCCCCCGCAAGUGCGCCGCCACUGGCCGCAUCAUCGAGGCCAAGGACCACGCUUCCGUCCAGAUCGCCGUCGCCGACGUCGAUGCCAACGGUCGCAUGAUCCCCGGCCAGUCCACCGUCUUCCCCCUGUCGGGCUUCGUCCGCCAGCUCGGUGAGAGCGACGACUCGCUCAACCGCCUUGCCCAGAAGGAGGGUCGUAAGUAUCUUGAUCAGUUGCACUCCGACCCACGCGCAUCGAGCGCAGCGCUACUACAGUCCGCCAUCGCCAUCGACAUGCCAAUCGCCCUUGUCGGAGCCAAUUUCACGGAUGCAUGCAGGGAGGAUCAUGGACCAGCAGCAGGAUCUGCAUCAGGCGGCUCAUACGCCUCUCGCAGGAUUCCAAACAUUUUCAAAGGAGCGAAGAUCAAAGACUACAGCAUCGGAUUAAGAUCUCAAUGCCCGGCUGCCCCGCUUGCGGCGGCGUGCCUUCAGUGGGCCCUAGAGAGUCAGACCUUUGCUACAUUCCAUCCCUGCGACGUGUUUGCUACAAUUGGUGGAGGGAAUUGGGAUAGGAGGACAUAUGGAAAAGGCAUCCUUAUGGCAAGCGGCAAUGGCGAUGGUUCAGGAAUGGCGCGGGUCUCAGAUAGAUCGCUCGUUCCGCAAUUCGUUCCGCAUGCUGACCUGGUCUUUGCUACUUUGCAACUCCUCUCGCUGCAACAGUCCUCCGCAACGUCUGGAACUACCAGAAAUCUGUAG